CAUAUCGGAUUGUUUAUCCGGUGAUGUUCCAUUGAACCGGGACCAAAUCAACUGGCCACAGCAACUAAAGCUGGGAGUGGGAAGAUGAACGAUCUGCGAAGGUAGUUUUUGGAUUACUUGUUAAAUAAUCAUUAUUCAUCAUGAAGGUGGGCUUUGCACUCGUUCUCCUCUGGUCUCUCCCAAUAACCAAUGUGCUUGCAGAGCUGCCUCAACCUCAGAACCUGACUCUGCUCACCCUGAACACACAGUAUGUACUGACAUGGGACUGGGACCAGACGACCACAGGCAACUCUGUUGCCUUCACUGUAGAGUACAUUGCGAAGUACAAGAUGAAGAUGAAGAUGAAGAAGAAGAACUGGAGCCGUGUGUGUGAAAGGACCACACACACCCGCUGUGACCUCACAGGUUCUAAUCUGCGCUACCUGGGCGUGUACGUGCUCCGAGUCCGAGCCAGCGCAGACGGAGUCAACUCACACUGGGUCAACAAAGACUUCUGCCCUGAUAAAAAUGCUUUGUUGGGCCCACCAUCCAGGGUGGAGAUGGCUCCUGUGGGGAACCUGCUGGAUGUGACCAUCUCUGACCCCCUGACCAGCACCCAGCACUCCAUGAAGGAACACGUCCUUUUCCUGUACUACCGCAUCCUGUACUGGAGCCGCUCUGAUGACCCUCAGGGUCUGAAGCCUAAAGUGUUGGACUCUAGCAACAACCUGGUGACGCUGCCUGAGCUGGAGGCCUGGACGUGGUACUGUGUCAUGAUCCAGUCUCGCUACGACUACUACAACAAGACUAGCAGCUACACAGAACCCCAGUGCAUGCAGACGGAGGGUGACACCCCGUACUGGCAGAUCUUCCUGUACUUCCUGGUCUCCAUGAUGGUGUGUUUCCUGCUCGUGUUGCUUUCCUCCUACGCCUUCUUCAGGUUCUACAGAGUCCUCAAAAACACCUUUUACCCCUCUAUCCAGCUGCCUGCACACAUCCAGGAGUACCUCUGUGACUCCUCCCCCGGCUCUGACAUGCCCCGCCUCCUCACUGCUGAUUCAGAGGCGGAGCUGUGCUGUGAUAAGCUGACCAUCUGUCCUGAGGUGGUGCUACUGGAGAUACACGUCCCUCCUCCCCUCACAGCGCCCCCCUCAGAGCUGGAGCAGGACAGCGACAGGCACAUCUGCCAGGACAGCGGAGACUCUGGGAUCUGCUCCACAGAGGGAGGCUCCACCCAGCAGGGUUGUAGUUGUGGGGAGCCAAUCAGGACAGACCAGGAAGUGGAUUCCUGGCAGACACUGGCGCAGGCCAAGAUGGAGGAGAUGGGGAGAGACGUCAUAUCAUGAAAGUCCAAUAUUUUUGGAAACUUGUCUGUUGACAUGUUUAACAUUUUGGGACUAUCAAAUACCUAAAUAUUCUUUUAAUGGAUUAUUUCAUUUAUGCAGCAGGAUGGCAUGUGAUUCUGGUCUUUUAGUAUACCAGUACACUGUCAGCUGCCUGGGUUGGCCUGGGAAUCCCAUGUUGCUGUGUGUUUUUUAAGGGUGUAGAAACAUGCAUAAAAAGUGUCAGAUUUGGUAUGGAGGCCCAUUGACUUUAAGAUGUCUAAAAGACCGCAGUCCACCUUUCUUUUCAAUGACUUGGGUAUAGAAGCUGUUCAGGGUCGUGUUGGUUCCAGACGUGGUGCACUGUGGUUGGUUGCUUGAGUCUUUCACAACGUUUGGUAUAGUCUUGACACCGCCUGGUAUAGUGGUCCUGGAUAGCAGGGAGCUCUGCCCGGGUGACGGACUGGGCCGUAAUCCGUGGUGGUUUGCCCUGCCACAUCUGAGUGCCUGUUUUUUUUUUAUUGUUACUUUUAGAAACAUUGAAUUAGUUUUGUCCUUUUAUGAUUCUUAUAGAAUCUGACAUCAGGAAGUGUCAUGUUUUCUAUGCUUUAUCAUACCUAGCUGACAUCUGACGUAGCAUUCUAGUUACCUACUGUAGGUUUAAAAAGUAGUCCUGGUGAGUCUUGUGCACAAACAAUUGUCGCAUUUUACAGUAACACACCUACUCAUUCAAGUUUAUUUUAUUUUCACUGUUUUCUACAUUGUUGAAUAAUAGUAAAGACAUCAACUAUGAAAUAACACAUAUGGAAUCAUGUAGUAACCAAAAAAGUGUUAAAUUCAAAUCAAAAUAUAUUUUGGAUUCUUCAAAGUAGCCACCCAUUGCCUUGAUGCCAGGUCAUCUGAUGCAGCAUUCCAUCACUCUCCUUCAUCAAAUAGUGCUUACACAGCCUGGAGGUGUGUUUUUGGGGUCAUUGUCCUGUUGAAAAACAAAUGAUAGUCCCACUAAGCGCAACCCAGAUGGGAUGGCGUUUCGCUGCAGAAUGCUGUGGUAGCCAUGCUGGUGAAGUGUGCCUUGAAUUCUAGGACAUAUAUUAUAUUAUUAGUGUCCUUUUAGUAGUGGUUUCUUAGCAGCAAUAUGACCAUGAAGGCCUGAUUCAUGCAGUCUCCUCUGAAAAGUUGAUGUUGAGAUGUCUGUUACUUGAACUCUGAAGCAUUUAUUUGGGCUGCAAUCUGAGGUGCAAUUAACUCGAAUUUAUCCUCUGGGUCUUCCUUUCCUGUGACGGUCCUCAUGAGAGCCAGUUUCAUCAUAGCGCUUGAUGGUUUUUGCGACUGCACUUGAAAUGUUCUGCAUUGACUGACAUUCAUGUCUUAAAGUAAUGGACUGUCAUUUCUCUUUGCUUAUUUGAGAUGUUCUUGCCAUAAUACGGACCUGGUGUUGUACCAAAUAUGCUGUACACUAUUGCUUCCAAAUGGAAUUAUAAUUCCUAUUAAAGAAUUAUCUCUCAUCUCA